AUGAAAACGGCAAACAAAGAAAAUGAACAUUUGAAAAAACAAUUAUAUGAACUAAUGAAAAAGUUUGAUGAAUUGAAACUUGAUUCAUGGGAAAAAGUUCAAGCUUACGAUAAACGUAUGGCAAAUGUAUACAUCGAAUUAGCAAAUAAAAUUCAGCCACUAAAAUUGUCGAAUCAUAAUAAUAUUGCUGUUCUUGGUUCAGUAUCUGUUGGAAAAUCAACUAUUGUUAAUAGUUUGAUUGGGAAAAAAUCGGCUGAAGUAGGCGCCGGUGAAACAACGACUAAAACUUCCGUGUACAAAGGAAAUGGAUUGUAUGUUUAUGAUGUCUUGUAA